CACAGAAGCGUAGGAUUGUCAUUAAGAAAGGCAGCACAAUGAACAUCUACUUUAUCCUUGAUGCCUCAAGAAGUAUUUCUAAACAAAAUUUCAAGGACACACGGAAUGCUACAAUCAAGUUGAUUGAGAAGAUUUCCAGUUAUGACAUCUCCCCCAAUUACGGCAUCGUCACUUUUGCCACCCACAGCAAAGAGAUUUUGAACACAAUGAAUCCAAACAGCAGUGAUGCGGCCUGGGUGAUUGAACUAAUGGAAAAAGUCAAACUUACCGGUAAGGCAUAUUCCUGAUUUUUGCCAGGGAGAUGGUUAUUGUGUGGUCUC